AUGUCCGCUGCCGGCCAACAUAUUCUGGUGUAUCCGUUUCCGACGUCCGGCCAUUUCAUCCCUUUCCUCGACCUUACUCACCGUUUACUCAAUCGCCGCCUAACUGUCACUGUAUUGGUCACACCCAACAACCUCCGUCUCCUCGACCCGCUCCUGACCCGCCAUGCUUCCUCUUCACUCCAUCACCUGCUUCUCCCCGACAUGGACCCAUUGCCAGCACCCAACCUCCCCGCUAGAUUGCGCCGCUUGCGUGACCUUCACUAUCCUCCUCUGCUCCAAUGGUUUCAAUCCUUAACUUCUCCCCCUGUUGCUAUUUUUUCCGAUUUCUUCCUUGGAUGGACUCAGAGUCUCGCUUCCGAGUUAGGCCUACGACGGAUUGUCUUCUCGCCCUCCAGUUCCUUCAGCUACUCGUUGAACAUGUCGUUGUGUCGGGAAUCACUGAGGAUUGACGAUCCCCCGGCCGAAAAUCAAACGUUAUCGUUUCCGGAUAUCCCUAAUUCUCCAAAAUACCCUGCCUAUCAAAUCAACUCGAUUUACAGAACAUACAAAGAUGGCGACCCAGACAAGGAAUUCUACAGGAGAAACUGGCUCCAGAAUCUAGAGAGUUGGGGGGUCGUUUUCAACACCUUCUCUGACUUGGAGGCCAUUUACAUUGACCACUUGAAGAAAGAGAUCAUGAGUCAUGAUCGGGUUUGGGCGGUUGGGCCCGUGCUGGGAGACGAUGGCUUGGACACCACCAAUCGCGGUGGGUCUAGUUCGGUGCCAUUUCAGGAGCUGGUGGCGUGGUUGGAUUCACGGGACGACAACUCCGUCGUCUACGUUUCUUUCGGGAGUCACUACGUGUUGACACGUAAGCAAAUGGAUGUGGUGGCGUCCGGGCUCGAGGAAAGUGGGGUCAACUUCGUUUGGUCCGUAAGGGAACCCAAGGCCUCGCAAGUCUCGAGCGAUCACGGCGUGAUUCCGGAUGGAUUUGAGGAUCGUGUGGCGGGAAAAGGGUUUUUAAUCAAAGGGUGGGCGCCCCAAGUGGCGGUUCUUCGACACCGAGCCGUGGGGGCUUUUGUGACACACUGCGGCUGGAAUUCGACAUUGGAAGGGACUGCCGCCGGGAUGGUUAUGCUGACAUGGCCGAUGGGUGCAGACCAGUUUACGAAUACCCAGUUGUUGGUAGAUGAAUGUGGGGUGGGAAUACGAGUGGGUGAGUCGACUCAAAAUAUACCAGAGUCAAGCACGUUGGCUCGAAUUUUGGUGGAGUCACUCGAUGGGUGCAGAGCAGAGAGGAGUCGAGCCAAGAUGUUGAGUGAAAAAGCCCUGAAUGCAGUCAAUGGUGGAACUUCAGACAACGAUUUGGGUUCCUUAGUUAAAGCGAUUAAUGAAAUAAAACCCUCUACGGGAAGCAAUAAAAUCUGACCGGAUCACUUGUCCUGUUUCAUAAAA